CGACGAGUACAGUACACUGUGGGGGUUGAACUAUCAUGGACCCACUUACUGCAGUCGGACUUGCAGGAAACAUCAUAACCUUCAUUGAUCUCUCAACCAAGGUUGUCUGCAGAACAAAACAGCUGUACGAGUCGGCUAGUGGCGCAACUUCAGAAAACGAUGAGCUGGAAGGCCUGACGAAGAAUCUAAAAGACCUCGCCGACAGAACUCGACGCAAGCCGCCCAACACAUCACGCAAAGGCCAUUUUAGCCUGAAUAUUACAAGCGAAACGGUCCUAGACAGCCUAAGUCAACAAUGCAUCCAAGUCGCAGACGAGCUUCUGGAAACAUUGGAGUCGGUCAAGGUCAAAGGUGAUGGCCGAACCGUGCACAGUGCCCUGCAAGCCAUAAAGACGGUGUGGAAACAGGAUAACAUCGACGCCAUUCAACGAAGACUUGAUCGAAUCAGCAAGCAGCUGAUGGAUGGCAUGAGCAUGGAACAGCUAGAAGAGAUUAACAGGAGGCUUCGAGAAAUGGCGGUGGAGAAUACGCGCCUGGAAGCAAAUCGAUCGAAGGAAAUCAAUCAGCUUCGGGAGGAUUUCAACUCUGCGAUUGAGAAACUCAAUUCGAAUGUGGAAGAGCAGACUCCAGGAGCUUGGCUGGUUUUGUCUGAUACUGCUAGUCGUGGUCGGGCUUACUUUGCGGAGCAAGUAAUCCUCCAGAGCCUCAGAUUUUCGUCCAUCGAGUCUCGCCAUGAAUCAAUCUCCAAAGAGCAUUCGAAUACUUUCUCAUGGAUCUUUGAUCAGGCUUCGCCUACCAAGUUUGUGGAAUGGCUGAAAGGAGAGGAUGGUGUCUACUGGGUCUCGGGGAAACCUGGUUCUGGAAAAUCAACUCUCAUCAAGUUUGUGGCAGAACACGAGCAAACCAAGAGAUGCUUGGAAGAGUGGGCUGGCGACAAGAAGCUUGCUAUUGCAAACUUCUACUUCUGGAAUGCCUCCACGCACCAAUCACAGAAAUCCCAAAGGGGCUUGCUACGAACCAUCCUUUAUCAGAUACUCCGUCAGUGUCCCGAGCUCAUUCAGAUGGCCUAUCAUGACCAGUGGAUUGCAUUGACAUCUGAUGGUAAAGUCUUGAAAGAAUCUCGGGACGAGCUCUUAACCGUCCCGGCACUUCUCAAUACCCUCAGGAAUAUAUCGACUUCCACCGCAUCAGACACGAAAUUCUGUUUCUUUCUGGAUGGCCUCGACGAGUACGAUGGGCGACCUGCCGACAUUGUUGAACUGGUCGAUAUUUUGAAAUCUUUUCAAAAUGUGAAAACAUGUGUGUCGAGUCGUCCCUGGAACGAAUUCGAGGAUCGUUUCGGAAAUGAUUCGCGUUGGAAGCUCUACGUCCACGACUUUACAAGAUAUGAUAUCCAUCUCUAUGUCCAGGAAACUCUUGGCGAGAACUCCAGAUUUCAGCAACUUCAAAAUGAGGAUCCCAAAUGCCCUAACUUUGUCUGGAAUAUCGUGGACGAGGCCGACGGUGUAUUUCUAUGGGUGUUUCUUGUCACUAGGUCUCUGCUUGAUGGUCUGACAAACUCGGAUCGCAUCAGAGAUUUGCAAGAUCGAUUGAAUGAGAUACCAAAAGAUCUACGGGAUUACUUCAAACUAAUCUUGUUUUCUACGGAGAAUCGAUAUCGAACCCAGACAGCUCGGAUAUUCACAAUCGCAGUUAACGCCGUAAGAGAACUUCCGUUAAUGGCGUAUUGGGUAAUCGACCAAGGAACACCCAAAUACAUUUUUCAGUGUUCUGUCGAAACACCCGCAACAGAAAUUUUAGAUUCUCGACUAGACAAUAUGAGAAGAAGGCUGAAAGUGCUCAGCAAAGGUCUCCUUGAUGCGGAGGACGAGGAACCUAAGUCAGUCGAAGACUAUUUGAUUGGAUUUAAGGUGACCUUCCUACACAGGACGGUUAAGGACUACCUUAAAACUCCAGAUGCACAGUCGAUGCUUCAAUCUUGGUUAGACGAUACUUUCAGCGCCGACUGGGAAGUUUGCAACGCUUUCGGAGCCUUGGCCAAAAUGACGCCCCCGGCAAAAUUCACUCCUACUAGCCCAAUUGCAUUGUAUAUGCUCAUUUGUAUGUUCUUCCAUGCACCAUGUGUAGAUCAGAAUCCUCUCUUCCGAGCAGACAUAGCUUCUCUGUUAGAGCAUCUUCAAACUGCUCUCGCUCCAGCACUCCGAGAAAAUAAAGAAUCUUUGUCAUACGAGCUCACAAGAAGGAAAGAUAGUUGUUUUCUGAAAGGAGACAGUUUAGAUCAGGAUAUAGCCAUUAUAUCCUUGUGCGUUUGCUGUGGAGUCUUCAACUAUGUCUCCGAAAAAUUUGCGAAAGAGCCGAAGCUUUGCCAUAAAGUAACGAAUCAUGUCCCAGCGCUGGUUGUGUCCCUGCGCCGAAUCAAUGGUCUUUGGGCUGGUUCUCUAUUUUCCCUAGAGCAGGAAAGUUUAGGAAUGCUAAUGCUUGAGCUUCUAUUGGCUCAGGGUGUGGAUCCCAACGUCGAAUUCAAGGGCAUGACGGAGUGGCGUCGUAUCUUGGAGGAUUUAAUGGACGAGAGGUAUCUCAAAGAUGAUUCAAGGCCGAAGAGCUUUGAAGGUUUAAAGUUACUUCUUCAACACGGAGCAGACUUCCAACAACAGUGCACGGUUACGGAGGAGAACGGGGAUGUUAGAAAAGCAACGGCAAAUGAGCUGCUGAGAGAAUGGUACGAUGCGGAUCAGUUCGGUAUGCUUGAGGAUAUCGUCAAACGGAGAGACACGAAAAAGAAGAUGAAGCAUGGGAUAUCUAAGAAGAUAGGCCAUCUUAAACUGUGGGUAACUUCUAAGAAGUGAGGGAUGGUUGUGAUUUGGAAUUUUGCAUUUCCUCGCUCGUUAUGUAGUAUAAGUCUCACAUUUUGUCUGAGCGUGAGGUGAUUUCUAGCAACCAGAUUGAAGAAUACUCGAAAUAAUUCGAUUUGCGGG